AUGUCGCAGUUCUGGAUUCUCUUUCUUGCUCUCGAUGUUAUCGGUAUUGUCUCAUUGCUCAAUGGAGUUUUUACUUCAUCCCUAAUCUUAAUUGUUAUUUUUCGUAAGUUUACUGGUCAUCAUGUCAUUGGGAAUCUCUUACUUGCUAACACGUGUGUUUGUACAAUCGAACUCUGUAUUAGCAACUUGAUUAUCUAUGGUCACAUCAUCAUGAACGAUAUUUUUCCCAAUGCCACCAUUACGAAUACUUACGAUCAACAAGUUCUUUGUCCACUGCGUUCCUAUUUCCUUUUUACUGGUUUCUCCUUGCUCUAUACAAGCUAUUGUCUUCAAGCAUAUUAUCGUCUUUUACAAGUGAUUUUUUACAAAAAACAAUAUAGCUACAUAACAUUUGUCUUUUGGUGUUGUUUUCAAUGGAUUUUUUCCUUUCUACUCGUCCUACCAAUGUUACUCACACGAGCAUUUGUUUACAUUCCAACUGAAUUCUUUUGUCCGAUUCCAUUUACAAAACCAAUCUCGGUCACAUACAUAGCCGUUUCUGUAUAUGGAGUGUUCAUCGCCAUAUUCGUGAGUAUCUAUGCUUGGAUUUAUGUUUACACUCGUCAAACAACAUCGAUUACUGUUAAACGUCGACGAACAAUCGAUCGGCAUUUCACAAUGUUGAAACGGAUGGUCUUGCCAACGUUCUCAUUAAUGUUUCUUGGUAUAGUUUAUCUAACUUUGUUUUUCCAGGCAAUAAGAAAUCAAUAUCAAACACAUUAUCUAACCUAUCGUCUUAGUUACGUAUUCAUUGCUAUUGGAAUGAGUUUCAUUCAUGUUAUCACAAUUUUACAAACACCAGCGAUAAAAGAAGCAAUAUGGAAAUUGCUAUCUUGUUCCAAAGAUGCAAUGAAGAAAUCAGAAGAGAGAACAACCAGUCUUGGAGGGAAUACCACUACAAAUGUCCAACAACCCUCCAUUGACGAAGAAAAACUUUCUUUGAGAAAGCCUUGA